AUGUCAAGCAGUAGCCGUGUCCCGGAUAUCGGGCAAGGCAAAAUUGCUGGGGCAACCAAAGCCUUCGAGUGGGCAGCAACUUUGCAAUUGCCUAUCCUGAUGACGAUUGACUACGAUAACCUCUCCAACACAGGCUUGAGCCAGGCAUCCAGCCUCCGGACACCUUUACCGAAUGUAUGCAUCUACCUAUGGAUGAAUGGAUACUCCACUCUGCUGCUGCCUGUCGAUUCCAUGGCGCAGCAGGACCUCUACGAGCUGCUGGGCAUCCAAAGAGAUGCCCUGGAGCAGGAGAUACGGUCAUCGUAUCGAAGACGUGCUCUCCAGGUGCACCCAGACAAAGGUGGCAGCGAGGAUCUCUUUCAUGCCGUCCUGACGGCAUUCGAGGUGCUCUCAUCUAGGAGCACGCGCCAGACGUACGAUGCUGCCCGCGAUCGUGGCCUGCUGCCCAAAGAUGCACUGGCAGCAGCUACAGGCCGCGGUCGCUGUCAGGACAUCGCAAAGGCCAAGGCACCGGCCAGUCAUCGUGCACUGGCGCAGCUUCGACAGCUUCUGGCGACUCUGACGCGUGAAGCGCGUCGCGAAGCAUUGCAAAAUCUCCCGGCGGAGGUCCAGCAGGCACUAAUGACCUUCAUGAAGCAGGAGCCCGAGAUCCUGCCCGAGCAGCCUCAGUCUGCUUCUUCCAACUUGGCACUGGCUGACGCAAACGGGGCAGGAGGUGGACGCAUCGGCCGCGGAAUUCUGCGGCAGAACACGUCGCCACCAACGUACAGAGCCUCCGUCUUCCUUCCUAAUCUGUUCUUGAUGUCCGUACCUCAUCCCUCCUUGGAGCUGGUUCUGCAGCGCCACUCAGUGCUGCUGCGCACGCGAGGGCUACUGAGCUCCGCAGAACUGAACAGAGACAGCUUUUCCGAAGCAUUCGCCAAGGCCUGCGAGGAGGCAGAAAUGGACCCUACCCAAGAGCUCCGUGCGCUGACGUUCGCCGCUAUCGUGCCGGCUUACUUUGAGGUGAACCGCCAGAUCAAGGGCCGUCACACUAACGAUUUAGAUUCAGCCCUGGCGCAGCGGGAUCGCCUACUGGAGGCAAAGGCGGAGGGCUGGCCUGCACUGAGACGCGAGUGGAUGGCCAUCAUGCAGAGCCCAACUGAGGUAGGUCAUAGAAGUUACAGCGCCGAGGAAGCAGCGAACAUCGCCGACUCCGCUUGGGAUGCAGGGAUCGCCUCAAGGGCCAGAGCAGAGGCCAAACGCGCUGCCAGAGAUCCAAGGAAUCCAAAACGGCGCGAGCGAGAUCGAGAGGUCACGAUCGAACAGGCUGCCAAAGCAGUAGCUCGAGCACUCAAGGCCGAGGCCACAGCGCCGCCGCCAAAACGGCGAAAGCAAGCUGCAACCGCGGCCUCCAGCGGAUCAAAAGGUCACAACGGAGCACCGUUCCGCGCUGCAGACUCCGAAGCUGCUUCACUCUGCUGUUGA